AUGGCGCUUGACAUCCGCAUCGCGGGGAAGUACCGCCUGGGGAGGAAGAUCGGCGGCGGCAGCUUUGGGGACAUCUACUUGGGGACACACAUACACACCGGGGAGGAGGUCGCCAUCAAGCUGGAGUCGGUGAAGACACGGCACCCGCAGCUGUUGUACGAGUCCAAGCUGUACAAGAUCCUCCUUGGGGGAACCGGAAUACCCAACAUCAGGUGGUAUGGCGUGGAGGGGGACUACAAUGUGAUGGUGCUGGACCUGCUGGGGCCCUCCCUGGAGGACCUCUUCAACUUUUGCAACCGCAAGUUCAGCCUCAAGACGGUGCUCAUGCUCGCUGACCAGCUGAUUACCCGCAUCGAGUUCACGCACUCCAAAAGCUUCAUCCACCGCGACAUCAAGCCGGACAACUUCCUGAUGGGCCUGGGCAAGCGCGCCAACCAGGUGCACAUCAUCGACUUCGGCUUGGCGAAGAAGUACCGCGACCCGCGGACGCACAUCCACAUCCCCUACCGGGAGAACAAGAACCUGACGGGCACGGCGCGCUACGCCAGCAUCAACACGCACCUCGGGAUCGAGCAGAGCCGGCGCGACGACAUCGAGUCGCUGGGGUACGUGCUGAUGUACUUCCUGCGGGGCAGCCUGCCGUGGCAGGGCCUGAAGGCGGCCACCAAGAAGCAGAAGUACGAGAAGAUCAGUGAGAAGAAGAUGUCCACGCCGAUCGAGAUCCUAUGCAAGGGCUUCCCGGUGGUCUUUGUAACAUACUUCCAGUACUGCCGCUCGCUGCGCUUCGACGACAAGCCGGAGUACGCCUACCUGCGCAAGCUGUUCAGGGACCUGUUCGUGAGCGAGG